UGUCCUCCUCCGAGGAGGUUUACCACUUUACAUCUUCUUCAAUAACGUAAACCCUAGAAGUAGAAGCUGACCUUCUUCCCGGGCAAACAGAGCACAUGACAAUGGGGAUGACUCGUGGGGUUCUGUGGAAAAAUCUGCUGCGGGCAGUGAAUCAAAUCGAGCCUCUCUCAGCAGGUUCAGCUGCAACUCGUCAUUUUGGACAAUCAAGUCUUCGUUCAGCACCUGGCGGUGCUGCUCGUUCAUUUCGACGUUCCUUCUCAGCUGUGGCAGAGUUGCAAGCUCAGUUAUCUCCUGACCUCCUUAAGAUGAUGGAACAAAGGCUGUCUGCCAUUGAGCGGAGGAGUGCCUGCCUUCAGAAUCUCAUAAACCGGCCAGAGAUAUCACAAUCUGAGUACUCGAGGGCGAAUAAGGAGCUUCGGAAACUCAGGGACUCGAUGGAACUCAUCAUCGAGUUGAGGGCCAAACAAAAAGAAAUCGAUGGUUUGAAUUCCAUGGUGAGAGAGUCUCCAGAGGAUAGGGAGAUGCUUGAUAUGGUAAGUGAUGAACUAGGACAGGCUAUGGCAGAAGAGAAGAGGCUGCAGAACUUGCUGCUCAAGUCAUUGCUACCAAGGGACGAUGCUGAUGAAAGAGACUGCAUUUUAGAGGUGAGAGCAGGAACCGGUGGGGAAGAAGCUUCUUUGUUUGCAAUGGACAUCUUUAGGAUGUAUGAAAGAUACUCUCAGAAGAAAGGUUGGAAAUUUGAAGUAGUGGAUAUCAUGGAAUCAGGCAUCAAAGGAUACAAGGAAGCUAGUGCAGCAAUUUCUGGUGCUGGUGUAUAUGGCAAACUCAAAUUUGAGAGUGGAGUACACAGAGUACAGUCAAUUUCCUUGUGGCAGCGAGUUCCAGUGACCGAGAAGUCAGGGCGUAUCCACACCAGUGCUGUAUCUGUUGCAGUCCUUCCUCAAGCUGAUCAGGUCGAUGUUCAGUUGAGAAAUGAAGACCUGAGAAUUGAUACUUAUAGAUCGGGUGGUGCUGGAGGUCAACACGUAAACACCACCAACAGUGCUGUUAGAGUCACUCAUAUACCUUCAGGAAUCGUAGUUUCCAUUCAAGAUGAACGAUCACAACAUAUGAACAAGGCUAAAGCACUUAAAGUUUUGUGUGCUAAGCUAUAUGAAAUAGAAAGAUCCAGAAUUCAUACAGAACGGUCAAAGCUUCGUUCUGAGCAGAUUGGUAGCGGGGAUAGAUCCGAGCGAGUUCGCACCUACAACUUCCCACAAGGGCGUGUUACAGAUCAUCGUGUGGGCAUCACUCAUCAUGCUAUCGAUGAUAUAUUACAGGGAGAGGAUCUCGAUGUCUUUGUAGAUGCACUUCUUUUGCAGCAGGAGAUGGAUGCAAUCGCUUCUUUCAGUGCUGACCAGUGAUGUUAUUAGAAGUUCCAAAUAAAGAUACUUCGGGAUAUAGUCCGAGAAAAGUUCUCUGAAAAUAUGUUGUGAAUUGUCGUAUUACAUUGAGAGAUUUUGAUUCCAUGAAAGAAAACUAUGUAAUUGGUUGAUUGAAGUCAAGAAUGAAACCGAAGCCUUUUUUCUUC